UUGAAUUCUCCAGUGUGUUGUCUGCAUGCAUUUCAUUUCCACUCAAUUGCAUCAUGUACUAUUUUUGUAAGGUUGCACCCACAUUUUGCGGUCGAUUAUAAAGGUUUGAAGUGGUGUUCAAUGCCUUCCCUGUGAGUGAUCUACAGCAGUAUACGUGGAAACGCAAGGGAGAGCAAUCCGAAAACUUCCACGGGUAUUUCCAUGGACUGCAUGGGCGGUCAGUUUUUGCAAACGUGUUAGACACCGAUUUAUAUCUGACGUAAUUCAUGACAAUACCUCUUUAAUAUUCCAUGUCUGGCUGGGACUCCCAGAAUGCUGAUGAUGCAGUAAUUUCCUGAUUUCCGAUGUGGCUGUUUGUGAGUUGAGUGUGGCCGUACCAUUGGCAGUGCUGUACUGGUGGAACGCUCCAGAUACCGGCUCACUCUCAAUGAAUGAACACGUGGGGAGUCCGUCACACAUAUCGCGGUUGUACUCCGCUCUUAAUCGACAAGGAUAGCUCGGAAUGAUUACGAGAUCAUAACCUUACCGUGGAAAAAUGGCAUGAUGAUGUGAAAUUAUUCACCUGUUUUUCAAUGUGUAUGAUUGUGUAUUCCGGGGCGACAGGGCUUUUUCCGCGUGAGUCACCUUGUUUGUUUAAUUUGUGAUAACAUUUUAAAAAUAGUCGCACACUGUAUAUGACGUGUGUUGGGACUACCUGGUCGUGAGUUUAGUUAUUCCGUAUGUCAGAGGCGGGGGACACCCUUUUCUGGUACGGUGGGACACAGCGGCGACAUGAGUGGACUUACGAACGCUGGGAGACAGCGGUCAGCAUCUAGUGUCGUCAAAUGGUCAACAGCGGACAUAACAUGUGCCAUUUUGUUGCUUGUGAUUAGUUUUACCUGUACAGACACGAAGGACUGUCAGUCAUGUGUAUACCAGAACAUCGAGGAGGUACAGAGGGAAUGUCGUGACAUUCUAGUCAAGUUCGAGGAAGCGAUCAGCGAGGACAACAAUGUUACAGCAAUUUGCAAGUCAUUGGUACACAUGUAUUACUGUGUAGGGGAACAUGUACCUCAAUGUAUCCUAAACUUCACCAGUUUAUACCAAGCCUACCAUCAGUCACCACACGACUGCCACAUUUCUAGGGAGGAAACAACCAAACUCCAACAGUACAGACUCAACAUCAAAUGUAACAAUUCCGGUGUCUUGUCAUCUCUUCCGUCACACACCACCGCCGAAAUGACGUCACAAACAACGGCGGACUUGUCGACGUCGACGUCGUCCACGGCUGGUAUGCGUGGUGUUAAUUCCGCAUCAAGGUUGGAAACAGGUGGAGUCCUGUAUGUGACGACAUUGACGUUAUUGGUGACAGUGUGGACACUGUCUGUCUCUGUGUUGACAUGAUGUCUAGUGGAUCACAGAUUUCCAGUACUGUGUUACCAAUGUGGAAGUGCUGAUCAGUGCCAAACGUGUAUGUGAAUGUGAUCUGCUGGAGUCUAUAACGGUCGUGUUACUACAACAACUAUUUCGCGUCUACAACAAGCGUAUGUGUGACAGCUGUUUCAGUAAUGGCUGUGAGAUAUGUCCUGCUCGUAUCCGCCAGCUGUAGAUUUGACGGAACGAGUGCAGAGUAUUAUCUAAUAGCAGUAAUGUUUUAUUUAAGUAUAUAUGCUAUGUCAAAUAAGCUGUAUUAUAAAGUGAUCAGCGUUUCUACAAUGAAUGGGUCACAACCAACCUAUUUUGUGAUUUUAAAAACACAAACUACAAACAUCCUUAAUCCUAAUAGGUACACCAGUAUAUGUAAUUGUUGAAUUGUUGUAGCUGAGUAACUUGCUUUAAUAGUCAGUUAGAGGUAACGUGCAUUGCGCGCGAGUGGCACGCUAUGACUAAUAUAGCAAAGUAACUUAUCUUACAACUGACCAAUCAAAACAGUUUCGUAUUUUGGUACGAUGUGAGAGUGGGACGUAGACGCUUUGCUAUAGAUGUAAGGUUGAUAUAACAGUGCAAGCUGUUGGGAACAAAUGGGAAUUUACCGAGGACCAAGUCAACAAAUCAUUAAUUAUUUUAGCGUUAGGUUUCACACAUCGCAAUAACAUGUAGCUUUAAUUCAGUUUCCUAGUGGUGUUCUUUAAACUUUAGAAAGCGACACCUCUAUUCUAUUGCACACAUUCUUUGGGUUCUGUAGGACAUUUUCAGUUUUAGUAAUAAGCUAACAAUUUAAAAUAGAUCAGAGGUUAAUUAAUUUAAGCCCUGGUUAUUCGCGGUGGGAAAGUGAGGAUAACCACUCUCUGAAGUGUAGUUAAACUGUUUCCUUGCUUACCAUUUCAGGUGCAAACCGUUUUAAUUGACAUGACCAACAGAACAGACGGGUAAACAUCAACACUUCGAUUGAUACAUCUAAAUCAUUUACCUGUUUGAAACAAACAUAAAUAUAAACAUAUAUAAACAUAUAUAAACAUUUGUACUGUGAUGUACUGCUGAUCUGAAUACACAAUCAGUAAACAGGUAUUUCAGAUUUGAAAAUAUAAUUUGUAAGUAUCCUGUUAUGAUCAACUCAAUUGUAAAAUUAUUUUCUUUCUAUAUCUAGUGCAUGAUGUUCCUGUCUGUUAAUUUAAACACGACCUACAAUGUACUUGGUUCUGUGGUACAAUGAAAUAUGUCAUAGGACGUCACCUGCGCAUACUGAAUCGAAGCAGUUUCUGAUAACGAAAUAAUUGAUGUAUGAAUAUGUUCAAUGAUUUAUUUUGUUUGUAUUAUAAACUUUCUGAUGUGUUUUUUCCCCUUAAAAUUCAAAGGUAGGAACAAGAUUGUAAAGAUACCUGUAUGUUCUGAUAUCGUAGUGAUUCCAAUAGUCUUGGACGAAAAGAACUUUGUAAUUGUAUGUUUAUGUCAUGUAUUGUGGUACGAUACACUGUUAAUUAUCUUUUGUUUAUUCUAUAUCAAUAAUUUAUCAUUUGUUUAUUUUUUCUUAAGAAUUUAUUUAAUUAUGAGAGUGAAACUGUUUUCUCUUUAUUGUAAUCAAAAUGUCUGCUUUCAUUUAGUUGUUUAGUUUGGAGUUUCUGACCAGUGUAAACAGAAAUCCACUUAUUUCAGGGCACAAAUAAUGUCCAUACUUCAACAGUGUAUUUUUACAUGGUCGGUAUCAUCCACAUUGGCGUGAUAGACUGGUAGAAGUGCUAGAUAUGUCCAUGUCUUUGGCAUACGAGCUGUUGGGCGAGGAAAGGGUCAUUAUGACGUAUCUAUAGUGUAACGGAAAUCAUUGAAAAUUUGUGUGCGAGGGGAUUUUUUUGCAACUAUUAAUAUCUUCUAGAAGUUAUUAAGGUGCAUGGAGUUAAUGUCCUAUGAAAGUUAUACUGAUCUGUGAGUCGAUUGGUGGUUUUCUAAGCGAAAAAUAUUUCAAAAUAAAUAGAGAGAACCAUCAAUUUGAGAUUUUGUUUAAUAAACAAAGUCGUCAAUUAUUGAUGCUAAAACUGAUCUCACAAAGUUUGGCAAAUUACAUACAAUGUAAAAAAAAAAAAAAAUUGAAUUCGCUUCAAGUUUUGUGUUGACAUAUCGUGUCGUCUAUUAGGGACUUAUGAAAUCACCCACUACUAAUUUCUCAGGUUAUUAGAUUACAAAUUAAAAUUUUGAUGAGCAUUUAAAUGUCAACGGCAUUCAGCGGAAAAAGCAUCAAUUCUUCCAGAUUGUCCCUUUCCCAACCCAUGGCUAAUAUACUAAUCAGGUUAUUUCAAAAGAUAAUUUGUAUAUAUCUAGUAAGGCUGCAAACUUACGUGAGUUUUGUAAUGAAGGGUAUUUCUGGCAAGUCUGUUCAAACAAACAAAUUAUAUUUAGGUCGUUGUUGGGCAAGAGUUCAUAUAAACACUUAAGUAUGUGUAGCUAGGUUCGAAUUGACCCAAUAUCUCGUAGGGCUUGCAGUAAACUGUUCCAGGUCCACAUGCCUUCAACAUUGUAUGCCUAGUGGUCAACAUUUUCUUGAAGACUUGAUUACCGUUGUGUGAACGCGUGUUUACCGUUGUAGUUCUUGUAUCUUGUUAAUUGUUAUAACAUUCCAUUACUGUUUGUUGCUGUCGUUGUACUUAAUGACCUUUUAUAUAUUGUUUGUGUACAUGUUUUUAAUCAUAUCAGUCUUACGUUACUAAGGCCAUGUUAUCGAUCUUUGUCCAGUCAUCCACGUUGGUCAAGCUUUAACCCACUCCUUCCAAAUAAACGAGUACUAUUGCGAUACGUCUAGACGUAAGCCUCCAUUGUAUGCUUUAUCUAUUCGUUUUUACGUUUUAUUUCGUUUACGCAGUACACAGCGAAUAUGAAAGUUAAUGAGCAUUGAAUUAAAGAAAACAACGUAAUGAGCCCUAAGUUAUGAAUAAACAUUAUCAUUUUAAAUAGUGGCACCAUAUCACCUCUGAUAAAAUUGUCUGCAGUAAAUGGAAGAUAAAUUACACGUUGGUAAUCACGAAACUAUAUAUUGAUUCUCUUCUUAUUGCAUAAAGACUGUUGCAAAUGAUAAGGUGUUGCAAUCGGUGUAUAAUAGACUUUGAUUGUUUUUUCGACACAUUACUUAAACAUGUUGUAGACAAUAUAGACCACACGAUAGCUGGCAACACCAGCUAAAUAUACGAAUGUUAACAUAAUUACGUAGAGAUGUAGGUGUUAUAGUGAAUCUGCUAAACCUUCUAUUGCCUGAACUCCCCUGAUAGAUACACCACUCUUACCUCUCAGCUCCUAACCACAUCUAUUGGCUAUAACGUAAUUAUAAACCUAAGGUAUCAUAAAAACACCUCGUCCAACCGUUAAACACUAAUUAACAAAAUGUUGAGCACACAUGCUGAGUUUAUGUUUUGCUUUUCUGAUGAGGGUAAACGAUUCAAUUUGUUAGAAAACAUCGUCGUGUACUAUAGGUUUGUUGAUAAAUGUAUUAACACUGCUCUCCCCGUAUAAAGAGGAUGGUCUAAUGUGAAGCGCCAGGACCUGCCGCCCAUUAUAGAUCCAUAACUCCUAUUAACAUCAAAGGCGGUAGAUAAACAUCUGUUUCCAAAUAUUAUGCCAUAACCUCAAUACUUAUAGUUUUGAAAAUAACUCGAGAUCUGGGCUGGAUGUAGAUGGAAUGCUGAACUCCUCAAUUGGAGUCCUGCUAGGUUAUAUAAGUAAUAUGAACUGAAAGGGGAUUUCUAAAUAUUAAUGGGACUAUCAUAAGUAAGAGGACCAUCUACUCGAAUUGCAUACCUACUCUUUAUGUGGCGGGAUUAAAUCGGUAUUUUAUCCGCUUUAUAUUGAUAGAGAGAUACUAUGAUACAGUAUUUCACGUGUGGUUCAGUAAGAACUUGAUAAGACAGUAACCUUUUAGUCAGUAUUGUCGAACUGAUUUGAAAUGCACAUUCAAAUAAUACUAUCCAAGGAAUACAAGAACCGUUUCACCCAAUACCUCGAUCGUAGUACUGAUACGACUUCAUCUUUUGUUCAAUGCGUCUUCGGCCUAGCAAAUUUGUCAACUGAUGCGCUCGUUAACAGUGCACGUUAUUAUACAUUCCCGUCUGAUUUGAUGUGUUCUAGUUCUGUGUUAUCAUAAUUAUGGAAACCUGUCUAUUUCCUAUCUUUGUUAUCAAAAGUGUUGUGCUACUGUGUUCAUCUAACUUCAACCCAUUUUCUUUUAUCAAACAAAUGUCAAAGAGUCAGGGUUAUCUUGUUUUGAUGUUGCUUUUAUAUUCAAUUCAGCUUUUAAAGUUGCUUUAAUAUAUUAUUCAGAAUGUGUUUGUAACAUGAAGCUAAAUGACACUCAGACCAUUCUUUAUACUUGUGCUAUUUUAUGGCCGGGUGAUUGGAGUAUAGCUUUCUUUCAAAUGGUCACGUUUGUUUUUUAACAAUUUUUCCCUUCCCACCAUUUUAUAUAAUGUUAUCUUGUGUGAGAAUAUUGAUUAUUAGUCCCUAUUUUUUCUACCCUUCUGUUGUCUGUUACCACUUGUUACAUGCAAACGUUAUUUUCCUUCCGUUUGCUAUUACCACUAAUUUAAUGCUGCUGUUCACUUUGUCCAUCAGGCUGUGACGUAACUGAGUAAACAUUGAUUCUGUAAAGUAAAGGUAACUCACACUAUGUGAUUGUUACGGCCUGUUUGUGUAAAGCUUAAUUCCGAAACGAAAUUCAAUUGUUUUAAUUAGAUUCCUUGAUAUCCAUGCCUCUGUUAGGUACAUUUACUUACUUAGAUAUUUUUUUUCUCUUUAAGGCCGCAACUUUUCAUACCAAUAGUCCCUCUCUUUCUCUGGCACCUUAUUAGACUGAAAUCGUUGUCGGGUUAUAUUAUCCACAUAACACCUCAUUGAAGACCUCUAUUUCAGUUUUGCCAUCCUCUCUAUAUUCAUUAUUCCUUUUCCAUUACUCAUUCCCGCUGAGAAAAUAGCACUUGUCUAGUACUCGAACAAAAACCAGCUUUCAUAUCAUUUUCGUUAUGAUUCAUAUUUUUAAAAAAAAGUUUUGUAUGAUUUACAUGAUUUGUAUCCAAUUUAUUCCGUUUCCGUGACAACCCGCUCUUGUUACCGCCCGGAUGUCACGUCCUCAAAACCAUUACGAUAAUGAAACGUAUAAUUGUGGUUAGUGCUUCGCCCUUGUUAUACGUGCUAUGUGUGUUGAUACGUGAAUACGCGACUGCACUGUGAUGAGAACUAAGAAAAAAAUAAAAACUAUUUUAUAUAU